GCGAGAGGUGUCACGUGCCCGGUCGGACAGCUGCGGGGAAUGCGUCCGGGGAAAAUGCGACAGAAUGACGGCGCUCGUCCCUGGCAACACGCGGAGUGCGACGACCUCCUCCUGCCUCCUCGAUGGAUCUCUACGCCUCCCCUCCGAAGUCCUCUACCAACCCAAUCUCCCCCUCCGCCGCCACCACCCCAGCCCCCCGCGAGCCGAAGCUCCAACUCCCCUCGACCACCGACCCGCCCGGUCCCCAGAACCCGCCGCGACCGCUCGUAUGGCUCAUCUUCGGCGCGACGGGCCACAUGGGCCGCUCCCUCGUGAAGACGGCCCUGAGCCGCGAUGAUCUGGUCGCCGCCGUGGGCCGGACCUUCGAGAACAGCCCGGAGGCGAUGCGCGACCUCGAGGCCGAGCACAAGAACUGCCUGGGCCUGCUGUGCGACGUGCGCGCCCGCGAGACGGUGAAGCAGGUCAUCCAGCGGACGAUCGCGCGCUUCGGCCGCAUCGACAUCAUCGCCAACUGCGCCGGCUACGGGGUGAUCGGCGCCUGCGAGGACCAGGACGAGUACGACAUCCGGGACCAGUUCGAGACCAACUUCACCGGCACCCUGAACAUCAUCCAGCUCUCGCUGCCGCACUUCCGCGAGCGGCGGGCCGGCCGCUACCUCAUCUUCAGCUCGACCUCGGGCGCGCUGGGCGUUCCCGGCCUGGGGCCCUACUGCGCCUCCAAGUACGCCGUCGAGGGGCUGAUGGAGAGCAUGCUGUACGAGGUGGAUCAUUUCAAUAUCAAGACCACGCUGGUCGAGCCGGGCCAUAUGCGCCGGGAUGACACCGGGGACUUGGUUUCGGAUCAUAUGCAUCGGGGUUUGUUUGGUGGCAGCGGUGGGAUGGGUACCAAUGAGCAUAAUCUGGCGUCCCCACUGCCGUUGUAUGGGCAUUUCCUCGUCAAGCCACCCAGCGAGCCGUAUAAUAUCUCUACCUCGCCGGCGGCGCAUGCCAAGAGGAUGCUCAUGUGGCUGGGCGAUAAGCAGCCGGCGAGUGCGGUCAAGGCGGCACAUCUGGUCUGGCAGCUUGGGCAUUGCUCGUACCCGCCCUUGAGGCUGAUCUUGGGGACGUAUGCGGUGGAGAGUAUCCGGGAUCGGCUCAAGUGUAUCAUCGAGGAGAUCGAGGAUUGGAAGUAUUUGAGUUUCCCUUCGGCUUCGGCUGCGGCCGGUGAGCAGCAGCAACAAGCACAGCCCGGGGCGGCGACGUUGGGAGGGAAGGAUGCAGGUGCCCGAGGCGGGGAUAGCAGUGGUAAUGGACAGGAGAAUGAGGAUAUGGAUAUGAGGUGAUGAGGAGUCACAGAACUUGAUAUCUCUUUUCACUGGAGGUCACACCAAACCACGCCUCUGGCGCAACCCCGGCUUCGACAGUUCGUCUUCGACAAUGAAAUCUGUUGUCACGCAAUCGAUAUAGGGACGAUGCUUCAGAAAGCAUGCUUCGUCAUUCGAUGGGGCAAUUGGGUAAGACCACUACGACAUUGUGUAUGGGACUCGGGUUGCAGGCUUGGCUCCAUUCCAACUAAUAGGACCUGUUGGC